GGGGGGGGGGGGAAGGCAAGUGCAAGAAGCAAAGGAGGUUUGAAAGGCAAGCGGCACUUUUCCACCCCAUUUUUUUUUAUUCUUUUUGGCUUUGUUUGCAAGCUUUGUAUCUUGCUCCCCCGCUUCCUCGUCCUUCAGCAGUUUUCUUUUUGCGUGUGGCUACGAUCGUUUAGCGUUUUUAGUUGUCCUGCAGUGGAGGAACUGUUGUCUUUAAAGAGUUUGGGUGCUGUUCGACGAUAGCAGACCUAUUCUCUACGCUUCCUAUCCUCGCUUUUUAUAUUACCCAAUACCACACAUUUAUAUAAAUCACACAGAAUGGAGUCAAUAUACGCAUAUCCUCCCGCAGUUCACAGAGAAGAUGCCUAUUUGCAAGCCUAUGCGGCGCUAACUGGCGGAAAGCGACGGCCAUCCGAUGAAUCCAUCACAUCCGGAAUGACCUCGGCAACAAAGACGAGCGAUCCACGGCCAAGCAAUAUCAACAACACGAACGGCUCGAGUGCAGACAAGCUGAUCAUGCACACAUCGCCCAGACGGUCAGUCGCCACAGACGAUGCCGCCCGAUUGGUCUACAUGACAAAGUUUGGAGGAAAGACAGACUUUCCGUUGGUGAGAGAAGAAACGACCAUUGGGCGAAAGGAUGAUAACCACAUUGCAUUGCCGUGCGCCAAAAUCUCAAAGUACCACGCAGUCGUCAAGAGAGGUGAACAUGGUUACUACAUACGGGACCGAAAUUCUUCAAACGGCAUCAAGAUUAAUGAAAAGCUCAUUUCGAGUGCUCCACAGCUACUCAAGGAUGGCGACAAGAUUGAUAUCGGGACGUUUACAUUGUUUUUUCAAGAUGAGGUUCAGGAGGACGGUGGACAGGCCCAGAGAAAUUCGUACGAGCCAUCAAGCCCUCUUUCACCCACUGCCUCGACAGUCAACGGAACCCUAACCCAACGCCCCUCUUCCCUCACAGAAGAGGAAUACCGCUUUACAAAACUUGUCACUAUUCUUCCCUCUGAUCAAAAGUAUGAAGAAAGUGUUACGAUCAGAGCCGAAAUGUCUGCAACAACCGCCGAUACGGAUUUUCGGCAAUGCCAGGAUGUAGCAGACAUGGCCACCUUGAAAGAGGACUAUGAAAAGCUUCGACUCGCAUAUGAACUGUCCAAAGUUUUUACGACGAAUGUCACGGAAGCACUUUCCAAAUCUUGCGAACUCAUGUUUGAAAUCCUCCCCGUCGAUCGUGCCGUUGUUCUACUGGUUGAUGACGACACCAAUAUGCUUGGAACACAUUAUGUCAAAGUACGGGAAGGCAAAGGUUACGAUAAAAAGGAAAUAUGCCUGAGUUCCACUAUCCUACGCAAGGUGUAUCACUCCCGCAAGUGCCUUAUUACAUCGGACGCGUUUGAAGAUCCCAUGUUGAGCAAACAGGCGUCCGUCAAAGUCGGUCAAAUUCGGUCGGUCAUUUGCGUUCCUUUGAUUGCUCACAGCAAAGUUCUUGGAAUCCUUCACCUGGACUCACGGGACAGGAUAAACACCUUUUCGAAAAAGGAUCUAUCUCUUGUGUUGACCAUCUCGACGCAAACCGCUAUGGCGAUCGAAAAUUCAAUGUUGAUUAAAGAGAUUCAGCAAAAAGCACGAUUGACCGAAAACUUGUCCCGGUUCUUGCCUCCUCAUGUGGUUUCCAAAAUGACGAGUGCCAAGGGUUCAGAGGGCAUCACUCGCGGUGGUGGGCGGGAUACAGUGGGAACAAUUUUGUUUGCGGAUAUCAGAGGGUUCACGCAGAUGAGCGAAAAGAGUACUCCGAGUGAGGUUGUGAGUUUGUUGAACGAUUACUUUGAGCGGCUGGUGAAUAUUGUAUUCAAGUACUCUGGUGUGGUCGACAAGUACAUUGGUGAUGCUCUCAUGGCGGCCUUUGGCACACUCGAGCAUGAAGGCCCGGACGCCGAGUACCGUGCCGUCUGUGCUGCCCUUGAAUUCAAGCAAGCAAUCGACGACAUGAACGAGGAGCGGGCCAAGGUGGGCAAAGAGCCCAUCUCGAUUGGAAUUGGUCUCAACACUGGUGAACUCUUGACGGGCUUUAUUGGCUCUCCUCAGCGUCUCGAAUACACUUGCAUUGGCGACACUGUCAACACGUCCUCACGUAUUUGUUCAAUGGCGUCUGUAAACCAAGUUUUAAUUUCACAGUCGACCUUUGACGCCAUCACAGGACGUGUGGAAGUCGUUCCGGUCGGUUUGCGCAUGUUUAAGGGAAAAGUGAAGGAAGUGAUGGUUUGGGAAGCGAUAGGGAUUCUGCCAGUAUGAAAUUGCUGUGUUUGGUGGACUGUAAUUAUUAUUCUUAUUUUGGGUUUGGUUGCUGAUGGGUGGUGUAUAUAUACUGCACAUGUAUGAAAUUUAAAUUCGCAAAGAUUGGCAUAUUGGACUCGUUAACA